AUGGGAUCUCCCACUAAAGAUGCAGCACCCCACAGAAGAAGGGUACGUACUCCUGGGAAGGAACCUGACUCCCCUCUUCCCCCGAUCCAUGAGCGCCUGGCAUACCUGCGUCCCUCCAGAGAGCUGCUAGAGUUCUACAGAGAGAAGAUAGCUCAGUUUGAUAGUGAACAUGAGGAGCUGCUGCAAAUGUUGGAGAAAUACAGAGGCAUCACAGAGGACCAGCAUAAGCUACAGUGGGAAGUGCGACAGCGUGAAGGAGAGAUUGCAGAGCUGCAAAAUGCUCUAAGUGAUAUGCAAGUCUACCUAUUUCAAGAAAGAGAACAAUCAUUGCGCCUUUAUGCCGAAAAUGACAGACUGAAGAUCAGGGAGUUAGAAGACAGGAAGAAGAUUCAACACCUUCUUGCUCUGGUAGGACCUGAUGCAGGAGAAAUUACAUAUUUCCACCGGGAACCUCCUCAUAAGGUCACUAUCACACAGAAGAGCCCAGACUCAGGAGUAGACGAAAAUCUCAGUCUCAGACCAACAAAACCAAGACCUGCUGUAAGCAGAAAAGAAAGUAGCAGAAGGAUAAAACCAGCAAAUGGAGAGAGCCUGGAACAAUACAAGAAUGACAACCAGACAUUGUUGCUGCAGGUGGAAGCCCUGCAGGCUCAGAUGGAGGAACAAACCCGGCUGGCCAAAGAGCAGAUAGAGUCACUGCUGGAGGAUCGACGGAUUAAAACAGAGGAGGCACAAGUACAACAUCAGAGAGACCAGGAACGCAUCACAGCUCUGAAUGACAAGCUCCAGCGAACACAGAACCUGUUGCAUGAAAGCACCAGAGAUUUCUUACAACUAAAAUUUGACACACGGAUGCAUGAAAAAAACUGGAUGUCAGAGAAGGACCGGCUGCUGAGGGAGCUGGACUCUUGCCAUAACCGUUUGAGGAAAGCUGGAUCUGCUGCUGGCACUGAGGUGGGCCGAGGCUGGCAGCCCAGCAGCAGCACAGCCCUACUGCUCACCCGGCCUCAACAAGGGGCACAACAGGAAGCACACAAAGAGGAGUUGAAGGCGCUGCAGGAGGAUCUGAAGCAAGCCCACCGUCUGGCAGAGAUGUUCAGGGAGCAGUGUAUAACUCUGGAGACAGAACUGUCUCAAAUUAGAGAAGAGGGCGAUGUGGGCAGGGAAAUAUUCAAGGAGCGUUCAGAUAAAAUGGCAAAGCGUCUUCAGCUCAUGACACAGCGAUAUGAGGCUUUAGAGAAAAGAAGGACGAUGGAGGUGGAGGGCUUCAAGACAGACCUGAAGCACCUGAGACAGAAACUUAAAGAUGUAGAGAAACAGCUUCUCAAGGUAACUCUAAAUGUUGGACCCAACCAGGAUCUAGCUGUUCUGCAUGAAGUACGUCAGACUAACGCUAGGACAAAAAAGGUCCAGAGUGAACUGAUGACACUGAAGGCUAAAAUCUAUGGACUGGAAAAUGAGCUGCGAUUUAGCUGAAGAAUAAAUUCAUGCACUGUGAUCUACCAUGCACUAAGAUGUUUUAUAUCACCUGUAUCCUGUACAUUAGUACUACUGUGGUGAAUUCUGAUAUUUUUACUGCUGUUUGUAUUUUCAACUAAUAAAGGUAUUUUGUCGCAACGAU